UCCACCUUCAGCUCACGCACCUGUUUUGACCUUGUGUUCGUAUUAUAACCAGGCGCGUGGCCAGAGAUGAAAAAACGCCGAGGUAAACCCAGACCUGUAAAAUACAUAGCUCAUGCCUCAUGCUGGCUACGCCGUUCAUACCAUGGUCGUCAAGUGUGUUGUUGUGCACAUAGAUAAUCGUCUCAUUCAGCGCAGACGUACCCGGUGGUUGGGUGUGCUAUUUUAAACAACCAGGAAGUUAAUGAUCUGGACACCCCUCAACCGAUCACUGUCGUGUACAACAAUAACAUAACAACACUGUGGGCAGUACGAUGUCAUCCCGCUUGCCGAACGUGCGGUUCCACGACGACGGGUCUAACUUGACUAUGAGGGAGUUCUAUGAACACCACCAGAACAAUCUGCCCAGAUUGGCGAUCGUCACUCAGGGCUUUCACGGAGGCGUCGAGUUAGACACGGUCGGGAUUGGACAGGUCAUGAGAAUCCAUUGCGCUUGUAAACAAAAACGAGCGGUGGCCAUAGAUGGCGCUGGGCGGAAUAUAACGAUUCCACUGGACUAUCCGUUAAAGUUCCGAGUCUACAAAAGAAAGAAGAAAGAUGUUCGUGGCCAGAAUUUGGUUGAGAUUGUGAGGACCCAUGCACUACCCGUACAGUUGGAGUUUGCUUGUUCAGAGGACUACAGGUUCGACGUUGGUAACACGCAGGCCAGUGUUAAGUCAUUUGGAAAACUGACGGUUUCGAAGGUUUACGAUGAAACAACCUCAUUGCCAACACUAUUCAAGAAGGAGUAUUCGAGUUGCACACUAUACUGGUCCCGCUGUACCUACAGAAAGUGUUGGUAUCCACGGUGGUCGGGAUAAAGGAUCAGACUUCCGAACAGUUUCGAAACGUCAUCUGUGCCAUCGAGGAUGCUGCGAGUCGAAUUAUAUACGACGGGAAGACUGGCAACGAAAAUAUUGCCAUGUACAACCAGGCCGAUAUAGACGAAUCGAAAUCGGAGAAUGUGUACGAGCUGCUUGAACCGGAGAGAUUUUUCAAGAUGACAGGAGAAUACUCGACAUUGCAAGUCGCAGCAGAAGAAACCCAUUCACGUGCCAAGACGACUGGCGCAAGGAAGACAACUCAAUCAGCGAGUUGUCCACCACAGAAAGAUCGUGUACCGGUAUUACCACCCAGAACUAUUGCCCGGAGAAAAGUUCCACCAGUCCCGCGUAUACCCUCACCAGACUAUAACCGAACAGAACAAAUACAGCAGCCAGGCGAAACCAGCAUCACAGGGGAGACAACCCAGUCCACGAAUCGCCCUAAACAGCGAGGUAGCCAAUUCAUUUUACCACACAAAAGUAAUCUGGAAGGUUUCAUGUUUAGACCUAAGCAACCGCGUCCACUUCCCUCCCCGGUUCCACAAAAUGAUGAUGGUCAUCGUGGUAGCAAAGCCACCCCACCGCUUCCCGAACGUGACCCAGUUCAGCAGCCCGAGCGUGCGUCUCCAGAGAAAGCUUGCAACAGAAGUGUGAAUGCGUACGUCAAUGCCAUAGAAAGAGCUGUGGUAGCUCCGUACGUAGCCAGUAUGUCAAGUCAAGAUGUCAUGGGUACAGAGGAGAAAAAGGCCCAGGAGUUAACUAUAGGUGAACUGGGAAUCAAGAUGAAGCGUCUGCGGCUAGACAGACACGUGGAUUCGUUCAGGAAAGAAGGAAUCGACGGAUACCUGCUCUGUAAGUUGACCAAAAAUAUCCUGGCCAAGGAAUUCAGCUUCACAGAACUGGAGAUCAUAAAGUUGAUGGCGUUCAUUGAAACUGGGCAUAUCCCGCAGUGAAAAAGAAUCUGCUACAAAUGGAAUGACUGAUAGUGAAAUAAUGUAGUGUUUAAUACGACCUCAAACCGAAAUAGCGCAUGAUACAAAACGGAAAUCAAAAUGUGAAAUCUGUAUGGUACAAAACGAAAUCCGAAAGUGAAAUAUGUGUGGUACAAAACAAAAACCACAAAGUGGCAUGGUGCAUGGCUCACAACAAAAUUUACAGUUAUCAAGUACAUGAUAGAAAACGAAAAUCCCACCAUUGAAUAUUAUGUAUUUUAAAACGACAACACUAUUGUGGAAUAGCGCACGACACAAAACGAAAAUCGAACAGUGAAAGAGAACAUGGUUCAAAGUGGGUUGAAAAUUAACAUGACAACCAUGGUCGCCAGCAGGGCCAGUUGAAGAAACAUCUUACUGGCCCAUCUCAAAUUCAACUAGACCUCCAAUUAUCACAUUUUAAUUUAACUGCACAGCCAAAAUCAAAACUAGAGUAAUAAUCAUAUGCUCACUGUAUAUAGUCUGUUUGCU